AUGAGACAAAUUCAGCGCUGGUCUCCAAAGCCCUCAGCUGCUCAGUUUCACCACUCGUCUCGCUGGUUAAAUCCAUCGUCUCGUGCCCGAAAAAAAGGUGGUGAAGAGCUUCUACCGUCUCAGCGCUUACAGGAAAUAGUGCAUACGUUGGAAUCCCCCGCCAAAGAAGAAGCAGUCGAAGGUACAGAAAGCCUAAUUGCUGCGAUCGACAGUCAUCGGCCCAAAUCAAAAACGGGCGUCUUGGGCGAUCAACUAUUCGACAAGCUGCAAUCAACGCUACGAAAUUCGUAUACCGUGCCACAACUUGUGGUUUAUUUAAAGCAUCACGACCUUAAACAUACUGGACGCAAAGAUACACUUAUUGCAAGGAUUAUUAACAAUCACUGGGGACUGGUAUCCAAACAACAAGUCUCGAUCGAAGCGCUUCGCAAAAAGGAAAACAAUAUCACCCGCCUGCUGAAUACCACCCCCGAAGAAAUUUUCUUUGUUACGGGACACCAUGGACAUAAUAUGCGACAAAUCGAGAAACAGUAUGGCGUCAAAAUUGUCAUUGAUGCUAAAAAUCUAUCGUACAUUCUGAACGGUCCGAGGGAAGGCGUCAACAGCGCGAGAAAGGAGCUCACCAAGCUGGGUGGUAUCUUGCGCGUCAAUGUUCCUUGCCCAUUGCUUAAAACCCCAUCUUACUACGCCGAACUGAAACGUGAAUGCGCACGGUUCUUACCGUCCAUCUCUCAAAUGUCGGGUGCUUAUAUCGACCUACGAGAACGAUUCGAGUUUAUGGUGGCUGGAAGAGAUCAGGAAGCGAUCGAUCGUGCCAAACGUCUAUUAAGUCUAAUGAUAACCGAGAUGAAUUUCGUCCUGAGACCUCCACUGACAGUUUCCGAUCAUACCUUUAUUCAAGAUGCUCCACAACAUCCAUUGAUGACAGGUCCUUUCAGUAUGCUUGCAGCGCACGAUUCAGCCGCCAUGCCACAAUUUGCCAAAGUACGUGGGUGGAGUCGGGUCUCGCGAACGAACAACGAUCAGGUUCCGGAAAUGAUCAAAAACAUUGAUGAUUCCUUUUAUCGCUUCUUUGCCUUGAAAAACCGGGCUUCUUUUCAAGAGCCUGGAUCGUCUCUGAUCAUAAAGGAUCAGCUUCGACAUCUGUUGAACACGCCUUUGGCGCCGUGGGGUGAAUUGAACCUGAAUACAUCUUUGGAAGCAACUUUCGGUCAUUUGUUAUUCGAGAACCCUGUCACUCCAGAACAAGAGGUCAACAUGCUGCAACCGUUUCUUGAAGAAGCAUUUUCAGCAGAAACCUUGCGCGAAGCAAUGAGGGGUCCAUUCCAACCAAGACAAUACUUUUUUGCGAGCCAACCGCCUACAAAUGUCACAUCGCUGCUCCUUCCUUUUACUGCGGAAGGUGGCAUUCAUCAGAGAACGAUUGUGGCCGAAUACGUCAGUACAGGUUUGCUGGCUAAAAUGGAAGGCUUCGCUGAGGAACCCGUACCAACGGCUCCUCGUCGCUUCCAACUUCAUUUUACGGUGGACGAAACCGGUAAUCUGAAACCACAAAAAGUCAUUGGAGAACAUGGACGCUCGGUGAUCGAUCUGCUGGCACUGAAUGGCUAUGUGGAUGCUCGGUUAUGCGCUCGGCGUUUCGUGCAAUAUCAGAGCGAUGAUCUCGUCUCUGUUCCUGACGAUGUAGAGCAAGCGCCUCUGCCGGGAUGUCUUGAAGAAUUACUGGCCAGCUGUUCUCUUACCGGAUAUGCAGAGAUGCAAUGCCCUCCCUUUAUUCGUCAUAACGAUGCACAGUUUGCUCUGGUAGAUGUGGCAUUCCGCAACGAAAAGCGAUAUUUGUUUGAGGAUCAUUUGGUAACAAUUCAUCAGUUGGAAGAGCAGACAAGUCGAGCUCAACGGACAGAGUUAACGAUCAAAUCACGGGAUCAAGAAGGAGAGGCGAACGCUGCGCUGCUAUCAAAGGGAUCAUCAUGGGAUAAUUUUGUCGAUACAGUGACUAAUAUUGCUAAGCGAUGGCAUUUUUAA